CGGAAGUUCUUUAGCCGCAUUCAUCGUUUUGAAUCUGUAGUUAACUAUGCUAACUGUGUGUUGUUAGUUAGAGAGCGCUAGAGUUAAAAACGCCAGCCUCCUUAGCUAUAUACAUAUUUAUAUAUACAUUCACAGGGUGUUGGUGAGUUGUAAGGCGAGAGGAAAAAUGUAACUAGCAGCUGGGAAGUCAUGUCCACUCUUUACGACUUUGUUCGUUUACUAUGAAUUCCCUGUCAGCCGAGCCUCCGGCGUCAAGCUCAUCAUGCAGGACGCUGCCUGGAGAGGGAAAUCAGGUACAACCAAAAGCCCCUCUCCUGCAGAUUCUGCGUGUUGCCGGAGCUCAGGAAGAAGUCUUUACACUCAAAGAGGUGAUGCACUAUUUGGGUCAGUACAUCAUGGGGAAGCAACUGUAUGACAAACAGAGGCAGCACAUAGUCCACUGCCAGGACGACCCUCUGGGAGAGCUGCUGGAGGUGGAGAGCUUCUCCGUCAAAAACCCGAGCCCGGUGUAUGAGAUGCUCAAGAAAUAUUUAGUUGUGCUUGGUGAUUCUGACGCUGCAGAGAAUCUUUCUGUGGGCCGUGAAUGUGUAGAGGGCGGAGUGGAGGAUCGUGGUCAGAUAUGUGGAGGUGUGGUCAAAGCAGGGCUGGAGGCUGUCAGUGCUGCGCCUCUCCUGCAGACCCCCUCCCAGCGAAGACCUCGGGAGCCAGACGAUGACUCCCUUGAAGGCCUGCCACGGUCAGCCUGCAAACGUCCAAAACUUGAUGUUACUUUAGACGAGUGGGACCUAUCUGGCCUCCCCUGGUGGUUUCUGGGUAAUCUCCGUAGUAACUACAGCCGCAGGAGCAAUGGCUCCACUGACAUCCACACAAACCAACUGUCUCCUGCUCAGGAGGAGGACACGGCCAUCGUGUCGGACACCACCGAUGACCUCUGGUUCCUGACAGAGGGUGGGAGUGAACAGGUGAGCGUGGAGAUGAAAGAGGCUGCACUGGAGGAAGGGAGCGCAGGAGAAGGGGAGGCGCUACCUGACGAUGAUGAUGGAGUAGGGAAGGAGGAGAAAGCAGAUAAAGAGAUGCAGGAGGAACUAGAGGAGGAUACGCAGUGUCUGAGCGAUGACACUGAUACAGAGAUCUCCACACAGGAUGCGUGGCAGUGCUCAGAGUGCAGGAAGUACAAUACGCCGCUCCAGAAGUACUGCGUGCGCUGCUGGGCUCUACGUAAGAACUGGUACAAAGAUGUCCCCCGACUCGCCCAUUCCCUCUCCGUUCCUGACAUCCCAGCAUGCAGCUCUCUCACCACCCAUGAUGAUGAGGAGGAUGACAGUGACGCAGGCAUUGACGUCCCAGACUGCAGCAGGACGGUGUCCGACCCCGUCAUCCUGCCCUCCCACUCCACAGCUGACCGCCCACUGCCCACUAUGAUUUUAGGGAAAGGCAAGGGGCCCUGGCCCUCCAGCUUUCUAAAUGAUGAGCCGCUUUCAGGAGGGGAAAGUCAGGAGAAUCUGGGCAUGGAAAUUGAAGAAGUAAGGCCGGAGGCACUGUUGGAGCCUUGCAAGUUGUGCCGAGUGCGACCACGCAACGGAAACAUAAUACACGGACGCACGGCUCACCUGCUCACCUGUUUCCCAUGUGCAAGGAGGCUACACAAGUUCCAGGCUCCUUGUCCUGGAUGUGGGAAAAUCAUUCAAAAAGUUAUUAAGAUGUUCAUUCUCUAGAAAGUGCUCACACAUCUGCCAUCUUCUAGGGACCCAACAACAUAAAAAUACAACACCCAUUCGACAGUUCAGAUGCACACACACACACACACACACACACACACACACAACAUGCAACUUGCUUUAGAGAUACAGAUACAGAGUUAGUACAAGUAUAGCACUUUGUGAAGCUUGCUCGUGGUUUCAUGGUUUACUUUACAUCACAGUGCCUCUGAAGUAUUGAUAGAAGAAAUCUUGGACAUGAUAGUUUGUCAUACCAUAUGUUUGUUUUGGAGCCACAAUUUAAAUAAGGAACAUACAAAAGCUAAAGUAUUUAUUUAUUUAUGAGAAGAUCACCUAGGUGUGUUCAGUUUGUGUGAGCUUUCUAUUAUAUUUCAUGACGCCUCGUUCUUCGGGCUGUGAAUUUUCUCUUUUUUUUUUGUUGCAUUGAAUGAUGAUUGCUUACCUUAGUUCUGUUAGUUCUGUCUGAUUUCUUUCCCCAUAGAUCCACUUGAGUCUUCAUCUGGACAACAUGGAAAGAUCCGUGCAGGUAUUAUAGCUCUUAUUUCAGUUGUGAAGACAGGAUUGAAGGAAAGAGUCCUGAAACCAUCCUCACGCUUCUCUCUCUCUCCUCAGCAUACUUGAAUGUACAAUACAGAUGUGGUGGCUCAAGUCCUGUUUCUCAACAUAAUGUUUUAAAAUGUAGAAUUGAAUUUAACUCGCUUGAGAAUGCACAGCUGAAGUAUUUACUGUAAUUUCCACUCGGGCUAGUAAUUUGAUGUUUAAUAUGUAUUCAAUACCAUAUUUACAAUUGCCAAGUCUCUGAUGACAGGUAUGCCUGCAGUAAGUUAUGUCUUAUAAUUGUUGGUCAAAUUUAAAUGUUAUCUUUCAGAAAGGGUACUUAACAUCACUUCCUGAACGUAUGAUCAUUUCCUGUAUAUUCAGUAUUUAAUUUAUUUAUGAUUCAGUUUAUAAGAUGACCAUCACCUCUAAUGAAGCAAAAAGGCUGCAUGUGUUACAAAGCUUUAUGGAGUUGUACAGCAAAAUAUUCUCUGAAAGUUUAAGGAAACAGAAUAAGUUACUAAAUGUGCCCUCGUUAAAUGUGUAGUCGGAGGUUUUAUUUCAGCGUUACACUGCCACGUAAUGACUCUGAACUUUAAUUUGUAUAUUAUAUAUUUUAUGUUGAUGGUUCUAUUAGUGUGUGUGUGUGUGUGUGUGUGUGUGUGUGUGUGUGAGAAUGAAUAAAUACAGUAUGCUCGAAAACGUUCACAGGUGAAUAUCCAAUGACAGUAAGCAUUCAAUUCUUGACUCUGCGUUGCGUAGAGGGAAUGUCAUAGCUCUUGGUCUGCUCUUUACAUGCGCUUAAUCUUUCAGCCAGCAGGUGGGGAAGUCUCAUAAAUGUAACUCGUGCCCACUGACGCUGUACAGUACCAGUAAUAACUUGUAAUGCAUUAAUAGAGCAUGCCUCCCGUUGUGACUAGAGCCGUUGGGAGAGCUAUAUAAGAGCUAUAUUCAAUUAAUGUAACCUGUUGUGUUUAUCGACAUAAUUGUGCAUCGAGGGAAAUAAAGCUUUGUCUAUAUAAAGACUGUAAAAAAAACAAAAUUGGCUUAGCACGUAUUAUAGAGUUGAUACUGGUUCUAAAUGAGGACUUGCAGUUCUAACUAAUGAGGGUUAACAUGGUACAGCUUAUAUGGUUGUUUUUUCUACCUGUCGUGGAAUAACAUUAAGUUUCUUGAAGCAAUAAAGAGUUGACAGCUGAUGUACAAUA